AUGAAGGUGCUCUUGCUUGGUGCCACCGGCAAUGUCGGCAGCCGUGCACUGCCUGCCCUGAUCAAGCACGGUCACACCGUUGUAGCUUAUGUUCGCUCGCCUAGCAAACUCGCGCCAGGGAAGCGAGCUGUCUUCGCCGACGUGGUCGUCGGAUCGGUCACGGACAAGUCAGCGUUGAAAGAUGCCAUCCUCGCCCACAACUGCGAUGCCGUCUUUCACGCUGCUGGCGUGGCGCAGAUGUUCGGCCGCUCCAAGACCGGCGAAUAUAACAAAAUGUUUGCCACCGUCGUCGCAGCCAUUGUGGAAGCCCGCGAGGAGCGCCGCGGGCCCGCAAUCCGCGCCUGGCUGAUGUCUGGUUUCCCUAUGCUGGACAGCGCCAUCCCGACUUAUCUUAUCGGUGACUACAUGCCCAUGUUUCCCGAGCACAGGGAAAAUCUGGCCCUCAUCCAGAAGCAAGAAGAGGGGAACAUCGCCUGGUCGCUGUUUUGUGCCAAUCUAAUGAGCUCCAAGCACAGCGAGAUUCGAAUUCCCGCACCAGACGACUGCUCGGCGGCCAAUGUGAUCGCCAGCGCGGACUUCCCCCCCAAGUGGCGGGACACUCUCAAGUGGGUACCGCUGAUCGGGCCCUACUUGAAUGUCUUCCGUCAAGCGGGUGGUUACGCCACUUCUUUUGAGGAUCCCUUGGACUUCAUUGCUACCGACUUCAAGAAAGGAUUGCAGAGCGAAUUCGUCGGGAAGAGAGUGGGAUUAAAGAUGAAGAAGGAAGGAAUUUGA